AUGGAAGGACUUAAUCAUAUUCAUAAACAAAAAAUUAUUCAUCGAGAUUUUCAUAGUAAAAAUAUUCUUUGCGAAAAUGAAUAUGAUGUUAUAAUAAGUGAUUUAGGAAUUAGUAAAUUAUCAACUGAAUUAUCAGUUAAUGAUAAUAAAUGUUAUGGUAUGAUUCCUUAUAUUGCUCCAGAAAUUUUUCAAGGGCAAAAAUAUGAAAAAUAUACUAAAGCUUCAGAUAUAUAUAGCUUUGGUAUGAUAAUGUGGGAAAUAAUGGCAGGUAGAAGGCCUUUUUGGAAUUUUCAAGAUUCUGAUACAGAUCUGAUUAUUCAAAUAUGUGAUG